AUGGUAAAAGAUACUACAUAUUAUGAAAUUCUACAAGUAGAAGUAACAGCAAAUGAACAAGAAUUAAGAAAAGCAUAUAGAAAACAAGCAAUUAAAUUACAUCCGGAUAAAAAUGGAAAUGAUCCAUUAGCCAGUGAAAAGUUUCAAGAAUUAGGUGAAGCAUAUGGGAUUUUAUCUAAUGAACAAACAAGAAAAAUAUAUGAUGAAUUAGGUGUUGAAGGAAUGAAAAAACAACAAGAAACAAAUGGAGGAGCAGCAGAUAUUGAUCCAAGUGAGUUUUUUGAAGUUAUAUUUGGUGGUGUUGCCUUCAAAGAUUGGAUUGGAGAAUUGGGGAUGUUUAAUGAUAUUACUAAAAGUGCUGAAGUCAUGUUUGAUGAAGAAAAUGAGGAGGGUAGUGGUUCUAUUGAUGGUGAAAAUAUAAAUUUUGUAAAUGGAACACCACAAAGUGCAAGUAGUAAUACUUCAACAACAUCUGGAUUAAAUAAAAACGAAGAUAAUUCAACUUUUAAAACGACAACUACUGAAUCGACCACUAAAGAUGAUUUAUCAAGUAAAGUAGAUUCCUUAGCAGUCUCAGAGAAAAACAACAAUCAUAUAAAUUCAUCCUCCAAAAAUAUAACAACAGAAGAACUCAAAAAGAAAAGAAAACAAAAAAUGACAAAAGAACAAAGAGAUGAAAUUAUUCGUAUACAAGAAGAAAGUAAAAAAAUAAAACAAAAAAGAAUAAAAGAAUUAAGUGAAAAAUUAAUGGAAAGAAUUGAAAAAUAUAGAUCAUCAGCAACAAAUCCAGAAGGUUUAAAAAAAUUUACUCAUACAUUAAAUCAAGAAUUUGAUGAUAUGAAAAUUGAAAGUUUUGGUAUACAAUUAUUACAAUUAAUUGGGAAAAUAUAUACAAAUCAAGCUAAUGCAACUAUAUCUGCAUCAAAAACUUUUGGAGUUAGUAAAAUUUUCACAUCUGUAAAAUCAUCAACAGAAACCGUUAAAAACGGAUAUAGUAUUUUAAAAACAGCAUUAGAUGCACAAGAUUAUAUGGAAAAAGUAAUGAAAGAUCAAGAAGCAUUUCAAAUAAAACAAGAAUUAGGUUAUGAACCAACUCCAGAAGAAAUUGCAGAACAAGCAGAACGUGAAAGAUUCGUUACGGGGAAAUUUUUAGCAACAGCAUGGUCAUUAAUUAAAUUUGAAUUAACUAGUGUAUUAUCAAAAGUAUGUCAAAUAAUAUUACAAGAAAAAGGAAUUGGUAAAAAGGAAAAAUUAGCAAGAGCAAAUGCAAUUUUAUAUAUUGGUAAACAAAUGUUAGCUGUUAAAAGAUCACCUGAAGAAGAUGAAGAUGCUAGAAUAUUUGAAGAAAUGAUGGCUGAUUCUAAAAUGAAGAAACAAAAAAAUAAACAAAAACAUGCAAGUGAAGAACAUCAUCUUUUUGGAAAACAUGGAGGUGAAGAGCAUCAUAUCUUUGGAAGUGCUAAAUAA